UUAGGGUUUCUGAAACUCCUCUUCGCACACCUCAACCAUGGCGUGCACGAUCGACUUCCGCAACCUCGACGAGGGUUUCGGCGGCAAGACCUACAAGCGCAAGCGCGAGCAGGCCCAAGCCCUAGAAGACGCCCUCUUCAACAACGACGGCGUCGAUUCCAUGGACACCGACGAGGCUGCCCCGCCGCCGGCGAAGAAGACAGCGCUUCCAUCAUCGGAAGAUCCCAACAAGCCAUCGUUUGGGCAGCCUAGCUACGACGGCGUUAUUGCUGGCAGAGUUUCCGGGCGGAAGUGGAAGCAGGUGCGGACGCGGAGGUCAUCGGCGGUUAAUGUGAGCCGGAAGGGGACGACGUUUGAGCAGAGGGAGAGGGAGAAGAUGAUAAAGAAGGCGUAUAAGGAGAGGAUAACGGAGCUGAAGGAGGAGAUUCGGAAUAACAAGGUGGAGAAGCGGAAGAAGAAGGAGGAGAGGGAGAAGAAGAAGAAGGAGAAUAUUCUUAAGUCUGGUACCAAGUUUCAGAAGAUUACUAACCCUAAUACUUUGAAGAAGAUUGCUAAGUCUAAGCAGAGGAAGCAACUCAGAGUUGUUUCUGAUGAUUUGUUCAAGAAAUAGAAUGCUUUUCUUUGGUUUUUUUUUUAUGAAUUGGGAUUCUGUGUUUUGCUUUUUGCUUUCUGUUUUGUUGGAAAAUUCUGAGUUUACUCAAAGAAAGUUUUGUAAUCUUGAGAAUAGAUAUUUGAAUUGAUGCUUAGAUUACAUGUUA